AUGGAAUGUCCCAUACGUCACAAUGACGGACAAGCAGAAAAUUCAACACUGAACUUUAUUGCUAAUGAUCCAGCUAUAUCAAUAAGCUUUCGCACAUGGCAAUUGUAUGAAUACCCACUACUCCCUCGAACAACGAAACAUGUUUGGCCAAUCAAGACUUCGACACAAUUGGAAAAGCCACGAUAUGUGAUCCUAGGAUUUCAAACUGCUAGAAAAAAUGUUGUAACGAAAAACGCCAGUCAAUUCGAUCAUUGCAAUAUUAGAGAUGUAAAGCUAUUUCUCAAUUCUCAAAGUUAUCCAUAUGGAAAUUUAAAUCUAAACAUUAGUCGUAAUCAGUAUGCUUUAAUAUAUGAUAUGCAUACUAAUUCCCUAACGUCAUACUAUAAUAAGGAAUCGAAACCAUUAUUGACAAAAACUGAAUAUUUACAACAAGCGCCACAAAAUGAAUCUAUUAAAUCUGGACCAGUUGAUAUUUGUCUUGAGUUUGAAUCUGAUGAACAGUUUCCGGAUCAAACAUCUGCAUAUUGUCUUAUUUUACAUGAUCGUAUAAUUGAAUAUAAUCCAUUAAGUAGUACUGUAAGAAAAUUAACUUAA